AUCACAUUUGGAUCGUCUUCUUCUCGUUCAUCCUGCCAAUUGCGGAGACGCAAAAUCUCCUCUUCUUUCUGCCGAUGAGAAAAAUUCGUUGGAAAAUCAUUCGUUCUCACACUGCGUCCGUCCUCCAAGUCGUCGCGGAUCAAGGGAGACAAGAUUGGAAUUAGGGUUUGAACUCACUGCUGGUGAAGAUAAUGAAGCUCCAAAAGAGGCGAGUUCGGCUCCUUCUCAUUGUUGUCGGUUUAAUAGCGCUCAGCAUGACAGCUGAGAAAUUUAGGGAAUUUGUCGGCGAAGAAGUUGCAUCCAAAAGUGGGAAGUUCACAUUCUUGAACUGUUUCGAUAUGGGUUCUGGAAGUCUCGCCUGCGUGGCCAAAGAGGGAGUUAAGCUUUACGUAUACAACAUCAGAAAUGCACAUGUCGAAAGGGCGAGGGAACAAGCAACUCAGAUAACUCUGACUGAGGCAGUCACAGGGGGGCUGCGUGCCGGUGUGGCCGCCAAGCAAGCACAGAAGGCAGGAAAAAAAGCCGCAAAGGAGGCAUCCAGGAAGGCCGAGCGUAUUACAGGUCCAAUCAUAUCAUCCGGGUGGGAUUUCUUUGAAGCCAUAUACUUUGGCGGAACCAUGACGGAAGGAUUCCUCAGAGGGGCCGGCACUCUGAUUGGGACCUAUGCAGGAGGCUUCCAUGGAGAGCAAAGACUCGGAAGAUUUGGAUACAUGAUGGGAAGUCAAAUAGGUAGUUGGGUUGGUGGAAGGAUAGGCUUGAUGCUGUAUGAUAUUGUCUAUGGUCUCGACUACUUGAUUAAUUUUGCCCGACCAGACUAAGGGAGCUUACCUUACUGUGCUACUGGGGAUUCUGGAUCUGAAAAACUCUUUUUCUCUGUGAUUUGUUUGUUGGCCCUCUUGAUAAUCACCAGAGAUGUGAUGUAAUACAAAUGUUUGAGAUUUAUGUUUUUUGGACUUAAAA